UAGACAAGGAGGGAUCAAUACGCAUCUGGGGACUGGAGAUAAUGUACAUGGGAGCCUCAGAGGGCUUUUCAUGUGGCUCUGACUCACCCUGACUCUCCCGUGAAGUGGAAAGGAGGAAACACCACACCACUCAGGUGUGGUCAGCCUUUGACCAUUGUUGUGAAUGCCCAAAAGUUACCACAGUCCCUUCCCAAUUACUCAUUUUGCUUUAGCUGUGGUUGAGCUAAGACUUCUGGCUCAAGGAAAGCUGCAGAAGAGGAGACAGGAUGAGGCGGGAAGAGGAGGAAGAGGAGGGAACCAGGAUGAAAGCAAAAGGAGACCUAGAGAUGAAGGAGGAAGAGGCAGUGAGUGAGAAGGGAGAACCGGUUGGUCCUUUCAUGAGAGCCAUGCCCGCCCCUCUGCCGCACAACAAGGGGACCCGGUUUUCAGAGGUAUGGGAGUAUUUCCACCUGGCCCCUGUUCGUGCUGGCCACCACCCCAACCAAUACGCCACCUGCCGCCUGUGCGGCAGGCAGGUGAGCCGUGGCCCUGGGGUUAAUGUGGGCACCACAGCCUUGUGGAAACAUCUGAAGAGCAUGCAUAGAGAGGAGCUGGAGAGGACUGGCCAUGGUCAGGUGGGGCAGCGCAAGGACCCGAGGCCCCAGGGGCCCCAGCUCCCCAUAGGGAUCGAGGGCGACUGGGCCCGGCUCCUGGAGCAGGUGGGGGCCCUGGCGUUGUGGGCCAGCCAGAGGGAAAAGGAGGUGCUUAGGAGGGAGAGGGCCGUGGAAUGGCGGGAGAGGGCAGUGGAAAGGCGAGAGCGAGCCCUGGAGGAGGUAGAGAAGGUCAUCCUGGAGAUGAAGUGGAAGGUGAGGGCCGAGAAGGAAGCCUGUCAGAGGGAGCAGGAGCAGCCUGCCUUGGCUCAUCCCUUCCAUUUUGUGUAAUCAGCCUGGGAGGUAUCUGUUCGGAAAACACAGACUUGAGGCUCACAGCAAAGAGCCACGUUAGUGUAAAUACAAAGUAUUUUGUUUUUAAGAGACAGAGUGCACAGCCGGUUAAUCUCAGCAGGGGUCAGCUGACCAAACACUUAUGUACAGGGUUCCUAAAGCUGUCCUGAUCAAAACUUCAAAAUGCAUUAACUGGAGAUAAAUGCUGUUUUGCCAUCAUGGGUCUGUGAGUUUGGGUAGGGAACGAACCACCCUGCUGUGUUGCUGAGUGAAAAUAACGGGAUUUAUGCUUUGUACUCGGUUUUGGUGGAGCUGAGGGUUCGGAUAGGUGGGGCUGGUCAGGUGGCUGGAAUGUCCCUAUGUGACCAGCUCACUCUAAGAGACCCCACCAGGAGCCGGGCUCAGGGUUCCUGGGGCCCAGGCCUUUGCACACAUCCCGGUGGUCAGUUGAGAACUGGGGACGGAGCUUGUUCUGUGCGGCCCAGCUGUGCAUGGACAUAGAAGCCUGCUCCUGAGAUCUCGGACCCCAUCUGGUGCAGGUCUUUCUCCCACUGGUGCUGUGUUGUACUACCUGCUCACAUUAAAGCUGUGUCACCAGCACAACCUG